GGGCUAUUCCCACCAAGCUCUUCCCAUAAAAGGACAAGAGCCUCACCUGGACUGCACUAGAGACUCUGCAGAGAGAAAGACAGAAACUCAUCUCCAUUCAGUGGGCAACUCUGAGUGUCUGGCCAAGUAUGGAAGGGAAGAUGACCAUGACCCAGUUCAGAAUCCUGCUGUUUAUCAUUUUGGCCACCAGAGGGUGCACUCCAGUUAAAGAGAACCUGGACACCAACACCCACGCCAAUCCUGUGUUUUCCCCUCUGUUCAGAAGCUGCAAGGAAAUCAAGCAGAAGGUCACUGGGGCACGAGAUGGUCUCUAUCUCCUCCGCACGGAGAAUGGUGCCAUCUACCAGACCUUCUGUGACAUGACCACUGCAGGUGGAGGAUGGACCCUGGUGGCCAGUGUGCACGAGAACAACUUGCAUGGGAAGUGCACGGUGGGCGAUCGCUGGUCCAGUCAGCAAGGCAACCGAGCAGACUACCCAGAGGGGGACGGCAACUGGGCCAAUUACAAUACCUUUGGGACUGCAGAGGGGGCCACAAGUGAUGACUACAAGAACCCUGGCUACUUCGACAUCCAGGCUGAGAACCUGGGGAUCUGGCAUGUGCCCAACAAUAUCCCCCUGAAACAUUGGAGGAACAGAUCCCUGUUGCGGUACCGCACUUUUAGUGGUUUCUUGCAGCGCAUGGGCCAUAAUCUGUUUGGCCUGUACCAGAAGUACCCAGUGAAAUAUGGAGGAGGGAAGUGUUGGACUGACAAUGGACCAGCAUUACCUGUGACCUACGACUUUGGUGAUGCACAGAAGACAGCCUCAUAUUACUCCCCCGACAGCCAAAGGGAAAUCACUGCAGGAUACAUCCAAUUCAGAGUAUUUAAUAAUGAGAGAGCAGCCAAUGCCUUGUGUGCCGGGAUAAAGGUCACUGGAUGUAACACUGAACAUCACUGCAUUGGUGGAGGAGGAUUCUUCCCAGAAAGGAACCCCAUUCAGUGUGGCGACUUCUCUUCAUUUGAUUGGAGUGGAUACGGAACUCACACAGGGAGCAGCAGUAGCCGGGAGAUAACUGAAGCAGCUGUGCUUCUGUUCUACCGUUGAGAACUUUGUGGUGUGGGACCCAGAAUCCUUCCCUGUGGACUCACAUGCUUGGAGAAAAACCUAUCUAGUUACUAGAAUGCUAAUGACACAGGAAAGGAGAAUAAAUCAUGUUCAUUGCAA